CGACAAAAGAGAAAGCACCAAACAGAACGACAUCAACACGCAAGAAAAAACACCAACUACUAACACCAACCAGCGAAAAGCACCAAACUGGAAGAUGCAAAACACCAACUGGCAAAAAAAGCACCGAAUAGGAUGA